AUGGUUUUCCGAGCAGGAGCCUGGCUUUGGUUCUGCGUCGGGCAGGGCGUGAUCCUUAGCGGGGGAGGGCUAACGUGCCCAGAGAAACAUAAGGAAAAGACCUGUUUUGAACUUCACUGGCUUACUCUUAACUUUGGGGAAGCCCGGAACUACUGCCGAUCCCAGGGGGGGCACCUUGCUUACACGUGGAACCAGGACGUUCAGGAUCUCAUCAAGGAAUCUUUGAGAGAACAGGAGAAGUGGUGGUUUGGACUGAACUCAGGACCGCCAGUAGACCAUCAGGGAAAAGGCAACCCAGAGUUCACGUCCUCCAGAGGUCAGCAUGCUCCUCACAAUACUCCGUCAAAAUUGUUCUGCAAAAGAAUUUGCCAAAAAAUCACCCUUCCGACCAUUAAACCAAAGACCACCCAGGAAGUUGUUUCAUUUACAUCUGUACUUGACGAGCGGUCUGUUCCAGUGACACAAAAAUACAUCGAGCCUUCAUCGAUUAAACCAAGGACCACCCAGGAACUUGUUUCAGGAACAGCUGUACUUGACAAGCAGUCUCUCCCGGUGACACCAAAAUACAUCAGACCGUCAUCGAUUACUCAGCCUGAAAAACCUCUAUCAGAAAUAACCACAGUUGCAAAGGAAGAGCCAUUCCUGAGGUUCUUGACUAUUCUACUCCAGGGGUCAUUUCAGAAUAACUCCACCAAAGAGGCUAUUCAGUACUUCCAGGGAAGUAUGCCAGAGCCUCUCUUAGUCACCAAUUCCAAUCUCUAUCAGUCCCCACUUUCAAGACUCCCAAACUUACGGAUGACCCAGCAUCAGAUCUCUACUAACCGCUCUGGAAACAGACAAGCUUCUAAAGGAGGGAAGGCUAUGGAUGAAGCAAUGGGAAACUUGAGGGAAGCAAUCCGCCAUCUGGAAUCUUUCCCAGCGCUUCAGACAGCUUGCGAGGCCCUUCAGAAGUUGACAGACCUCAACUUACUUUUCUCCAGGACAGCCCAGAUCAUUGUGAGUGAUUCCCUCCUCUACCUGAGCGAGCAGUUACUGAGGGUCCCAUGUCAGAACGGCAGGUCUUUUGACUCCAAAUUCCCCACAGCCUCCUGUCUUUUUCAUUCCUUCAAUAACAUCAUGAAAGCCGGAGAUAGAAAUCUACCAAUAUCGGAGCAGGACACCAAGGAGAUGGAAGACUUGUUGGCUGUUUCCCUGAUAGUCCUAGAAAAGAUACAAUCUGUGUUCUUACAAGGUUGCCUGAACUCAGAAACCUCAGUGAAGGUGACCUCAUCCCUUACCACUAUGCUGCUGAGCAGCCAAAAUAUCUCAACUCUCCCUUUGAGUUCUUACACCCUGGGUGACCCAGCCCCAGUGAAAUUAAGCUUCCCUUCAGCCUCUGCUUUGAAUGAUCUCCUGAAUAAACAUCCAGGUAUUAAUGUUCAGGUAAUGGGACUGGCUUUCAACCCUUUCAAAUAUUUGGACCAGAGGAACAUUGUCGGAAGCAUUGGAAGCGUAGUACUCACCUCUAAUUAUCAAGCACUCCAAGUCAGCAAUCUGCGAGAGGACGUUGAGCUCAUGCUCUGGAGAGAUGACAACAGUGACACUUCCCCCACUAGAUUCAACAUGAGCACAGACAGUUUUGUGAUCACAGUGAACAUCACGUCCUUGGAGGAAUCUCUGAUAGUCCAAGUGGAGCCUGAAAAUCCCCUGGAAAUCACCCUUUACCUGGGCUUUCUUUUUCAACCAAACAGUACUCACUUUAUCCUGAACAUCACCCUCCCAAAGGACAAAGUGUGGCAGAAAGAUGAAGAGUAUACUUGGGUGCUCUCUCCAGCAAGUCUUCAAUACGGAAUGGGGACUUACUACGUAACGGUUGAAAUAGCUCAACCCAAAGAGUUCAAACUGCAGACUCCCAUGGUAUUCUCUGUCAUAACCGCUGCCACUCAAUGCUGCUUCUGGGACCAUUACAAUAAGACUUGGAAAAGCGAUGGAUGCCAAGUAGGACCGCAGAGCACCAUCACAAGGACCCAGUGCCUCUGUGACCACCUGACCUUUUUUGGCAGCACGUUCUUCAUCGUGCCCAGAAUGGUGAAUGUUAGGGAUACAGUCCAGUUAUUUCUUGGAGUGACUUCCAAUCCUGUUGGGGUGUCUUUGUUGGCCAGCCUUUUGGGAUUCUAUGUCAUCAUCGUCAUGUGGGCUUGGAGGAGAGACAAAGAGGACUUACAAAAGGCGAAACUCACAAUCCUGGCAGAUAAUGAUCCGGUUGCUCAGUUUUGCUACCUCAUCCAGGUCUUCACUGGUUAUCGCAGAAGAGCAGCUACAACAGCCAAGGUUAUUCUCACCCUGUAUGGGACAGAGGGAAGGAGCGAACCGCACCACCUGAGUGACCCCCAGAAAACUGUCUUUGAACGUGGGGGCCUGGAUGUCUUCUUGCUCACAACCAGAUCCCCGCUAGGAGAAUUGCAUAGCAUCCGACUCUGGCAUGACAAUUCUGGCCCCAGCCCAUCAUGGUAUGUGAGCCAGGUUAUAGUCAGUGAUGUGGCAGCAAAGAAAAAAUGGCAUUUCCUGUGCAACUCUUGGCUGGCUGUUGAUAUAGGAGACUGUCUACAUGACCGGGUCUUUUCAUCUGCUUCAAAGAAACAACUGUUUUCCUUUAGACACUUGUACUCCUCCAAGAUCAUAGAAGGAUUCACUCAGGAUUACCUCUGGCUCUCUGUGCUGACCCGAUGUCCCUGGAAUCCGUUCUCCCGGGUCCAGCGGCUUUCCUGCUGUGUGACGCUCCUUCUCUGCAAUAUGGUCAUCAACAUCAUGUUUUGGAAAGAAAGGAACACUGGGAACACCAGGGUCCAGCAGGAUAUGGUGGGCCCGUUUGCCGUGACCUGGUCUGAGUUGUUUAACAGCGUACAAACUACGGCCAUCCUCUUCCCCAUCAAUCUUGUUAUUGGGAGGAUCUUCCAGCUGGUGCGACCAAAGGACUUGACCCCUCCGUCCAUUCCCAUUCAGGCCUCCCCUCCUUUGGGAACUUCCUCCAGGGUUGCCCCCGUCACGCAGAUCGUUGAGGAUUUAAAGGAGACCGUGGGAUUUCUAUGUAGGAAAAAUGCACAUCUCCUUGAAGGCUGUGAAGAAUUCACUUGGAGUUCAAACAACAUCACUGAGCUGGUGAAGAUUUUAUCCUCACUCAUCUACUCUCACAUAAAGAGUCAAGGUAGCUGCCCAGGGCAACAGAGAGGACCCCAUCCAGCAAAUGAGAGUCCUUCGGAUUGCGGCGAUCUAAAUCACUACCUGCUCAGAAUGCUAGAGAGGCUGCAGUCUCGGCUCAGAUCGCUGGAUCCCUCCCAGUCCGACAGUCCUAACAACCUCCUACCCUCUGCCAAUCUCCUGCAGAAACUUAGGGAGCGGCUAGAGAGGCAAAUUCUUUCCGCAGAGAGGCCUCCCAGGGAGAUAACAAGCUUUCCCAUCUUGGACCCAAAGGAAGACAAGGUUACACUUGCCAGAUACUUGCCCUAUUGGUUCGUUUAUGUCUGCUGGUUCUUCGUGGCUGCCACCGGCCUCCUCUCAGCCUUUUUCACGGCACUUUACUCCCUACAGCUGGACAGAGAACGAGCUACCAGUUGGGUAGUUUCGAUGAUGCUGUCGAUCCUCCAGAGUAUCUUCAUAAUACAGCCGGUGAAGAUAAUAAGCCUAACCCUGUUGCUUUCACUGGUGCUAAGAAGAGUUCUGGGGAACAACAAGGAGAAAGAACAGGAAAUGAAGAUGAUCCUGGCACUCGUAGUAAGAUGCCCGUCUUCGGCGCUUCCUGGUUCAAGAGACGAGAGCGACCCCAUCUAUAGACCGCCAGCUGAGAGUAGCCCAGCUCGACCUAAGGGGAGGACCUCGAGAGAGAAGAAAUUGUUCAAGUUUACCAGGGAGGUUGUUGUACAGGUUAUUUUCCUUGCGAUGCUGAUAUUUUUGAUGCAUUCUGAAAAGAGCUACAAUGAGUUUUACUUCAACCAAGCCAUUCGGAAGAGCUUCACUCACCAGUUCACAAAAAUCAGGCUUCUUAAACACUUCUACAAGUGGGCUGACAGAACGCUGCUUCCUAACCUGUUCGGGAAUUACAAAGGAUUCAUUACUGAGGGGCACGCUCUCCUCCUGGGCACUGCAAUAAUUCGUCAGAUCCGCCUGCCAGCUUUCGCAUCCCUUCCGAAAAGAGCUUCUCCCCAAACACCAGUGCCGUCCUAUUAUUAUGCCCAAGAGGACAGAGAGGAUUAUGGAACUAACUGGAGCCCACUUGACCAGAAUAGCACAAUUCAGGAGAGUAUUUGGCACUAUCAGAGUGAAGAGGAACUGGGCCGAUAUCCCAUCCAAGGGCAGUUUGCGAUCUACUCAGGAGGAGGAUACGUGGUCAAUCUUGGGCAAAGCUCCAGCGAUGCAAGAAGUAUUUUGAAGCACCUGAAGCAGGGACACUGGCUGGAUAGACGCACCAAAAGCCUCUUUGUGGAAUUUACUGUCUACAAUGCUAAUGUGAACUUGUUUUGCGUUGUUACCCUGAUCAUGGAGUCCAGCGAAGUGGGAGCAUUCUCCACCUCUGUAGAAUUGGACACUUUACAUUUUCAUUCUCAGAAAGGCUUCACCCAGGAGAAUGCUGCACAAGUCAUCUUCUGCCUGCUGCUACUUUAUUACAUCUUUCUUCAGGGCCGGCGGUUGAAACAACAGCGGAAGAGUUACUUUUUCAAGAAAAGCAACAUUCUGGAUUUAAGCAUAAUCCUCAUUAGUUUUAUAGUAGUCGGGCUCCACAUGAAGCGUGACUUCUUGCAUAAGAGAGAUAUGAAGCGAUAUUUCCGGGACCGCAGCAGGAACAUCAGUUUCUACCAAACAAUAAAAGUGAACUCUGCGCUCACUUACGUCACUGGUUUCCUGGUCCUGCUGACAAUUAUACGGCUCUGGACCCUGAUGCGGCUCAGCGCCCGACUGUACGUGAUCACCAGGACUUUGAAAAGAGCCUGGGACGAAGUCUUAGGCUUCCUGCUGAUUAUCACGAUCCUACUAGCAGGCUACUCCAUUACCUUUAAUCUUCUGUUUGGAUGGAGCAUCUCUGACUACCGGACCAUUUUUGAUUCAACUGUGGCUAUAAUCGGUCUCCUGAUGGGGAUCUUUAAUUACAACGAGGUUAUCGACUUGGACCCAGUGCUGGGCUCCUUUUUGAUUAUCACCAUUGUUGUCCUGAUGGUGCUGGUGGUCAUUAACCUUUUUAUUUCUGCCAUUCUGCUGAUCUUCCGCACUGAGAGACAGCUCAUUGGGGCACUAAAGGAAGCAGGGCUGAUGGAGGUGCUGCUGCAAAAGCUCUCCAGUUUGUUGGGAAUCCGGAGGCAGCUGAAGAUCCAGACGCCAGCGAGAAAUGAGACAAAAGUUUUCAAUGAGGAUGAAUCUGCUCAGGAGAAAGCAUGAACCUGUCCUCUUUCUUUGACUUUAAUGUACUUAUUUACUGUCCUGUUUGGGGGCAGAGGUAGGUGGGUGAAUGUUAGAAGCACCUAUGUACUAACUAAUCCGUAAAUUUCAAUAAAGAACCCCCUCAACACUGCA